AUGAAAAAAUAUUUCGCCACAAAACAUAAUGAUGAUUGGAGAGAAUAUGUUAAGAAUGAAAAAUUUAGUGAAAAGUUACUUCUCGAACAAGAAACUAGCAAAAAGAGUGUAAAGAAACCUAAUACAAGUGAUCUGAUUCAAAAACUUCAAACCACCAAAUCUGUAGAGAAAAAAAAUAUUGUUAGAGGAAACAAAAAUGUUAAAAAACCUUAUGUUAUCGUAAAGAAAAGUGAUUCUCCUGUGACAGGUAUAGAGUUCAGUACCAUGGACGGGUCACAUAUUUCAUUCAUCUCAGUUUACCUUGAUUAUGACAAUUUCCAAGAUUACACCUGUGAACGAGAGAUAACAAUCGGCAUUAGCCUUGUAACAUUAGGCAAGGUAUUAAAUCAAGCGAGUGACAAUGAUACCUUAACCCUAAAACUUAAAGAAAAUACUACUGAUAGAUUAUAUGUGAUAUUUAUAAAUCCUGACAAUAGUAAAGAGACCAAAUAUGAGAUCGGGUUACUUGAUAUCGACCAGGAGCAAAUUGAUAUACCAGCAGUUGUAUACAAUGUAUUUAUUGAAAUAGCAUCCGGUGAGUUUAAAAGAAUAUGCCAAGAUCAAACAAUCGCAGGAGAUCACCUAACCAUAACUACUAAUCAAGAAACAGAGGUUGUGAAUUUAAAUAUGAAGGAUGAUAUUAACAUCAGGUGUACAACUAAACUAGAAAAAAAUGAUAGCAUUACAAAUAAUAAGAUAACGAUCAUGAUAGGAGAAAAUAUCAACAUGUCAUUUUCUCUAAAAUAUCUGAUAAGUUUCACCAAGGCAUCUAUAUUGUCUCAACAG